AUGAACAAAACCAGUGCAUUAUCACCAAGUGGAUUCAACAACUGGUCUAAUCUUCAUACAAGGUUGUAUGAGCAUGAAAAUUCUAAAAACCAUUUGGAAGCCACAUGGCAAUUCUGGGAGUUAUACCAAAGACAUUAUAGUGGACAGACUAUUCACAAAGAACGUGAACUAACUAUUAAUAAACAUGCAAAGUACUGGCAGCAAGUAUUCAAAAGGCUAGUGGCAAUAGUGCAGUUUCUUGCUGAGAGAAAUCUAGCGUUAAGAGGGACAGAAGAAAAAGUUGGUAAUGAGAGUGUACACAAUGGAAACUUUUUAGGUUUAGUGGAGCUGUUUGCAAAGUUUGACUCUGUUCUUGAAGAACAUUUACGUAAAGUCAAGGCCAACGAAAUUCAUAAUCACUAUUUAGGAAAAGAUACUCAGAAUGAACUACUAGACAUUAUGGCUACAGCUGUUUUGAAUGAGAUACUGAAUCGCGUAAAAGCAGCUAAGUACUAUGCCAUAAUUUUAGACUGCACACCUGACUUGAGCCACCAGGAGCAAAUGUCUCUAACGAUCAGGUAUGUUUCUGAUGGCAACUUGGCUCCUUCAGGUGUUUAUGAACAUUUCAUACAGUUUAUGCAGGUUGAAAGUAGCACAGGAGAAAAUUUAUAUAAAACAUUAUUAAACACACUAGAGGAAUUAAAAUUGGAUGUGAAAGACAUUCGAGGCCAAGGUUAUGACAACGGUAGCAAUAUGAAAGGUCACACAUCGGGAGUACAAGCACGGCUGUUGCAGGAUAAUCCAAGAGCCUUCUUUGUACCCUGCGCAUGUCACAAUUAUAACCUGUUACUAGGAGAUGUAGCCAAGUGCUGUCCAGAUGCUAUAACAUUUUUUGGGAUCUUGCAAAGGAUCUACAUAAUGUUCUCAGCAUCAACAAAGAGGUGGGCAGUUUUUAAGAAACAUGUACCUGGGUUAUCAGUGAAACCCUUGAGCGACACAAGGUGGGAGUGUCGGAUUGAUAGUGUUAAAGCUAUUCGUUAUCAGGUUGGAGAAGUAUAUGAUGCACUUGUGGAAACAUCAGAGAUAACAGAUGAGCCCAAGGUAAAAGCAGAGACAGAAGGUUUAGCAAACCAGCUAAAAGACUAUAAAUUUUUAGUUUCUUUGAUAUUUUGGCAUGAUUUACUUUUUAAAGUUAACUAUGUUAGCAAGGAACUACAAGGUAAAACAAAGGACAUUGAUGAAGGCAUGGAGUCAUUUGAAAAACUAUUAUCAUGGCUAAGAAAAUAUAGAGAGAGUGGUUUUAAUGAUGUCCUAAUAGGCGCAAAUGAUUUGGCUGAAGCUGUUGAAUUACCACUAGAAUUUAGGAAAUUUCAAGAUAAACGACUACAAAGAAGGAAGAGAAUGUUUUCAUAUGAGGCAAAAGAUCAAGCUUUCGAUGAUCCAAAAGAAGCAUAUAGAGUUCAGUGCUUUACCUUAGUGCUAGACAAAGCUAUUCAAUCUCUAGAAUCUAGAUUUAUGCAGCUUAAAAGCCAUAUAAAAUUAUUUGGAUUUUUAAAUAACUUUCAGGGCUUACAAAAGGCAGAAAUAAGGAAACACACAGUAGACCUUGAAGCAGCUUUAAUUGACACCAAACUAAAACAGAACACUGAUGUAGAGGUAGGCACUGUAACAAGUAAAGAUGUAGAUGGUUAUCUGUUGGCUGAAGAACUUGAAGCUCUGAAAACUUUUCUGCCCACCAGUGUCGCCAAGCCCCAAGCCCUGUUUGAAUACCUGGUA